AUGCAGUAUGGUCAGCUUCUUAUCACCCUUGAUACAAACAAUGGUUCUUCUGAUGGUGAUAAGAUUAGUUUUGAUGCUGAUUCUGAGAAUUUCGAUGUGAAAGAGUCUCAGGGUGAGACCAAUGCAGUAGAUACUUCUGUGGUGGAACUUAGUCAGAGAGAGUGUGAGAAGGACUCGAAUGUCGCUGAAUUUUUGAGUCAAACUGAUGCUGUUACUGGUGAAGACUUGACCAUGACUGUGUUGAGUAGCAGCAAAUGUGUAAGUGAUGACAGGUUGCCAAGUUAUGAGACUAUCAACCCUUUUAAUAUGAGCAGAUGUUCGGCUGUUGACAAUUUGGGGAUGGUAAACCACGGUAUGGAUGGUAAUGAUGAGCUUAAGUCAUGCUCUUGUUCCUUUUGGCUGAAAGUGUUGAAGAAGAGCCAGAAAGAAGCUAGUAGCUUGAUCCGAAGGAAUGGUAAAGCAAGGCCAACGGAUGUUUAUGCUUCUUAA